UUGACUGUGGGUCGUGUACGGUGUGGGGUGCGUUUGGGGCUUCGGUGCAGCCUCAAUUCUUUACAUAGAAAGCCAAACUCUUGUUGCCGGAUAAGCAGAAAUUCUGUUCUAUUUACCACUGCAAGCAAUCCUUCAUCAGCGGCCUCUGGAGGAUUUUAUCGAGUCUUGAAUACAAGCGAUCGCMAUGUUGUUCAUAACGUGUGCUGUCAAACUAUAUUCCUAACGAGAUCUACAAGCAGUUGGUUUAAUCCACGGAGGUAUUCUGGUUCCCAAAAAAAUGAUGACAGUAACUCAAGUAGUUCAUCAGAAAGCAGUAAUAAUGACAACCAAGAUGACAAUGGUGGUAAUAACAUCAAAGAUGAACAUGAACCAGUGAUUGAGGACAAGACAGCGGCCAAUGUCGACCCUUCCCAGGGUGCACUUGCACAGAUGACRGUWCCUGAGGUAUUCCCAGAAGUACCUGUCAUCCCAGUCCACAGGAAUCCAGUUUUUCCUCGUUUUGUGAAAAUGUUAGAGAUAAGUGACAAAUCCCUGAUGGACUUGCUSAGGCUAAAAUGCCGACAUGCACAGCCCUAUGCAGGAGCAUUUUUGAAAAAAGAUGACAGCAAUGAAGCUGAAGUUAUCACCAAGCUAGAUGAGAUUUACAAGAUUGGAGCCUUUGUCCAGAUAACAGAAGUUCAUGACAUGGGAAACAAAAUGAGAAUGGUGAUCCUUGGCCACAGGAGAAUUCAGAUAAUGGAAGUGGCUGCAGAUCCUGAUCAUGUUGAAUUGUCCAAGAAAACACCAGUCAACAKUGUAAAAGAUGAGACAUCAGUGGAUGUUUCUGAUAAUGCUAAGGAAAGUACUGAUGCCAUAACAGGCAAAGAUGAAACUGAAAGCCUUAGUGAUGCAUUAAAACCAAUACUWAUGGUUAGAGUUGAAAAUGUAUUGCAUCAGCCAUACAAGAUGACCCAGGAGAUUAAGGCCCUCUCAGCAGAGAUGAUAAAAACGAUAAAAGAAAUUAUAUCAUUAAAUCCAUUGUACAAAGAGUUUUUGGCUCAGCUCAUUGAGGGUGGAAAAAAAGUAGUUGACAAUCCWGUUCACUUGUCUGACUUUGGUGCUGCUCUGACUAGUGCAGACUCCAAUCAACUUCAGGAAGUCCUAGAYGAAACAGACAUCCCAAGAAGGCUGAGAUUAACUCUAGAACUGUUGAAAAAAGAGCUUGCAGUCUGCAUGCUACAGCAGCAACUUGGAAAYGAGGUUGAAGAGAAAGUAAAUAAGCACCAGAAAAAGUUUCUUCUCCAAGAGCAGUUGAAAAUWAUCAAAAGGGAGCUUGGRCUUGAAAAAGAUGACAAGGAAGCUGUUGGAGAGAAGUUUCGKGAUAGAAUCAAAGACCUUYUWGUCCCAAACCAUGCCAUGGAAGUUAUCGAAGAGGAACUUGGAAAACUGUCAUUUCUUGAUAAUCACUCAUCAGAAUUCAAUGUAACAAGAAAUUAUCUCGACUGGCUCACAAGUGUACCAUGGGGAAUCCACAGCCAAGAAAACCUUGAUAUCAAACGUGCAAAGGAAGUGUUGGAUGAGGAUCAUUAUGGACUGCAGGAUAUUAAAGAUAGGAUCUUAGAAUUUAUUGCUGUUAGCCAACUCAAUAGCAGUAUCCAAGGAAAAAUUCUUUGCUUUACUGGUCCUCCAGGUGUUGGAAAAACAAGCAUAGCUAAGUCAAUUGCUCGAGCUCUAAAUAGACAGUAUUUCCGCUUUAGUGUUGGAGGAAUGACAGAUGUUGCUGAAAUCAAGGGACACAGGAGGACAUACAUUGGUGCUAUGCCAGGGAAAAUAAUCCAAUGUCUGAAYAAAACAAAGACUGAGAAUCCAUUGAUUCUCAUUGAUGAGGUUGAUAAGAUGGGUCGUGGUAUACAAGGAGACCCUGCAUCAGCUUUGCUAGAAUUARUAGACCCUGAGCAAAAUAUUGGAUUUCUUGACCACUACCUUGAUGUUCCUGUUGACUUAUCAAAGGUCCUGUUCAUUUGUACAGCAAACGUAACAGACACUAUUCCAGGUCCAUUGAAAGACAGAAUGGAGAUAAUUCAUGUAUCAGGAUAUGUGGAAGAUGAAAAGAAGUCAAUAGCAAAGUCAUAUUUGAUUCCUCAAGCAAGAGAAAAAACAGGGAUUAAAGAAGAACAAGUGAAUUUGCAUGACAGUGCUUUAGAAAGCGUCAUCAAAUCUUACUGCAGAGAAAGUGGUGUUAGAAAUUUGCAAAAACAUAUAGAAAAGAUUUUUAGGAAAGCAGCUCUCAAGAUUGUCCAGGGUGCAGAUGGUACUGUGCAAAUUACACCUGAAUCCUUGAAAGAUUAUGUCGGCAAUGCAGUGUUUAAUUCAGAUCGAAUUUAUGACCWGACGCCACCUGGCGUAGUUAUGGGACUUGCUUGGACAUCUCUAGGUGGUUCGACAUUAUACAUUGAGACAUCACUUGGUGAUGUGCUAGAGAAAGAUYAGGASAGCCAUGGGUCUGGGUCACUGAGUGUUACGGGACAACUUGGUGAAGUAAUGAAAGAGAGUUCACAAAUAGCUUACACUUUUGCCAAGGGUUUCCUGGCAAAGGAAGACGCUAAUAAUGAUUUCUUUAAAAAGGCAAAAAUCCACCUACAUGUCCCAGAGGGGGCAACACCCAAGGAUGGUCCUUCAGCRGGAUGCACAAUAAUCUCAGCCUUAUUGUCCUUAGCAAUGGAUAAACCAGUCAGACAAAAUGUAGCCAUGACAGGAGAAGUGUCCCUUACUGGGAAGAUUUUGCCUGUUGGUGGCAUCAAAGAAAAAAUAAUUGCCGCUCGUCGUGCUGAUGUGAAUUGUAUCAUCCUUCCAGAGGGAAAUAAAAAAGACUUUGCCGAUCUGCCAGAGUUUGUCAAAGAGGGAAUAGAAGUUCACUUUGUCCCCCAUUAUAAUAAUGUCUUUAAUAUUGCAUUUGAGACAUCAUGACAGUGAAACCACACACUUAAAUAUUUAUGAAUUUACUGUAAAGUUUUGCUGGCUUUUGCAAAUGCUGAGAUGUUACUUACAAUGACCUCUCAUCAUUAGGUUAGCUCUCAUUACUAUUUGAUAUCCACAUCUGCAGAAGUCAUGUGUAGAAAUGCAGUAGUUUUUAUUUCACAGUCACGUUGAAAUUGCUCUAGAUCAACUUAAAGUUGAAARAUCACCAGAUAUGCAGUAUUAACUGCUUAACUCUAUAAAAGAUUGAUAGAUAUUUAUUAGACAGGUUCUCAGCUUGACGUGCUUUCUCUGGUAUAAAUCAAUGACCAUGUCUUGUACUUGAAGCAAUCUUGUGACCUUGAUUAUAAUAAUCACCAAGUGUCCAACAUUUGUGUCAUAUUAAAGGCUUGCUUUCAUAAUCAUAUAAGUCCAUUAAAUCUCCAAUGAUUGRUUGCACUUCAUCAAUAUGUAUAGUAUCGCACAUUGCCUUAAAAAAAAACAGAAGUGUUAAUAUUAUUCUUGACCCUUUAAUUAUUAAAUUCUAUGUACAACAAUAAAGGGGAGAAAGAGAUWAAUAAAUAGCAAACAGUACUGUACUUUGGCAUGAAUGCAUUCCAUGAAAAAGGAAUUACUACAUGUACAACAGGCUAUUAUAAAUAUAGAUAUUUUCAAUGAAGUAAAAAAUAAUAAGUUACUUUGUAAUGAAUAAGGUUAAUAAAACUGUUAACYUUAGUGAA